AUGGAAAAUUUUGAAAAUAAUAAUUUUUUAUCGAAUUACCAACCAGUCGAAUUUUUAAACACUCCAAAUGAAUGGGUUAAAGUAAAAAAGCAAAGAAAAUGUAUGGUAAUUAAAGUAUUUGCUGCUACACAAUUAGUCGAUAAUCAAACCAGAUUAAAUAAUUUAGAGCAAAAUGCUAAAGCAUAUUCGAAUAUAGUCGAUCAAAAACAGAGUAAUUCUAUUAAUAAUUAUGCAAAACCUGUUAAAUGUUUAACGUCUGAUAUAAAAUUAUCAUCGCAAGCUUCUUCGUGGAGUAGCAAUUUAAGUAGUAAUGAAGCAAAAUUUAAAUCAUUAUUAGAAAAAAUUUCUAACAAACCAAUUUCUAAAGUAGUUUCACAAGAUUUAACGAAAUUAAAAAAUUCAAAUUUAAAGUCAAAUGAAUCCGUACAGAAUCCUGUUGUAAACAGGAUCGAAAAUCAGUCGAUUCACAAAAAUGAGCAUCACCAAUUUAAUCAAUGGAAUCAUGGAAUGGAAACUCGAAAUGUUAGUCCCAAAUUAGCAGAAAAUAAUUCAUUUAAAUUUGGAAAUACUCGAAAUUUUUCAAAACCCAAUAUUAAUAACAACGAACAAGUUCCACGUCCAACCAAUGGUUUUGUAACAGCACGUCAAGAACUAACUGUACAAAAUAUUAAGCAGAAUAAACAUUCAAACUACACUAACAACGAUCCUGGAUACUCUGGGGGAGCUAAGAAAAAAUCUCUGGGGCUACGUGGAAAUAUCAGCAGUAAAUUUAUUCCGCCAACAAUUGAUACGGAUAGUAAAUCUGGAGAAAUUAAAAAGGAUGGUGUCCCUGAAGAUGAAGAUAUCGAUCCUCGAUUAAAAAAUAUUGAUCCAAAAAUGGUUGAGCUAAUAAAAUCGGAAAUUAUGGAUACUGGUACUCCAAUAACCUGGGAUGAUAUAGCCGGCUUAGAAUUUGCAAAAAAAACUAUACAAGAAAUAGUUGUUUGGCCUUUAUUAAGGCCAGAUAUUUUCACUGGAUUACGUAGACCACCAAAAGGUAUAUUAUUGUUUGGCCCACCGGGAACCGGUAAAACACUUAUUGGUAAAUGUAUAGCAUCACAAAGUCAGUCGACAUUCUUUAGUAUAAGUGCAUCUUCUCUAACAUCUAAGUGGAUUGGAGACGGAGAAAAAAUGGUUCGUGCAUUAUUUGCAGUUGCAAGAUGUUAUCAGCCAGCGGUAAUAUUUAUUGAUGAAAUUGAUUCGUUACUUACACAACGUAGUGACACCGAACACGAAUCGUCCAGACGAAUGAAAACAGAAUUUUUAGUACAGCUAGAUGGUGCCGCAACUGCUGAUGAUGAUCGAAUUUUAAUUAUUGGUGCCACAAAUCGUCCACAAGAAUUGGAUGAAGCUGCGCGACGACGACUUGUUAAACGCCUUUAUAUUCCCUUACCAGAACAUCAGGCACGAAAACAAAUUGUUGAACGUCUAAUGUCGUCGGAAAAAAAUAGUUUAACUGAAAAUGAUAUCGAAGAAAUAUCUAAAUUAACAGAUGGGUACUCUGGAGCUGAUAUGAAAAAUUUGUGUUCCGAGGCAUCAUUGGGGCCUAUAAGAUCAAUACACCAUUCUAUGAUGCAUAACAUAAAUUUGGAACAAGUUAGACCAAUCAAUUUUGAAGAUUUUAAAUCAGCACUAAAUAGGGUUCGAACCAGUGUAUCAUCAAAAGAUUUAGAACAGUAUGUUAUAUGGGAUAAUACCUAUGGUUCUGGUAUAUACUAAAACGGAAACUUUGAAACUUUUUAUAUGGAAAGUCUUGUAAAUGUCGCACCCAAUAGUGAAUAUUCAUGUAUUUUUUUAAUAUUUUUAAUUCAUUGU